CCAGCGGCGGCGCCGGAGAGGAGCGGUGGCGAGGGCGCGGCGGGGCCGGGGCGGCGGCGGGAGCGGCGAGGCCAUGGACCGCGUGAGCAGCUCCAUGAAGCAGGUGUCCAACCCGCUGCCCAAGGUGCUCAGUCGGCGGGCGGGCGGCGGCGGCCCGGAGGCGGAGCGGGAGAGCUUCGAGCGUGCCCAGACUGUCAGCAUCAAUAAGGCUAUUAAUGCGCAGGAAGUGGCUGUCAAGGAGAAACACGCCAGAACAUGCAUCCUGGGCACACACCACGAGAAGGGGGCACAGACCUUCUGGUCGGUGGUGAACCGCCUGCCGCUGUCAGGCAAUGCCGUGCUCUGCUGGAAGUUCUGCCACGUCUUCCACAAACUCCUCCGGGACGGCCACUCGAAUGUCCUGAAAGAUUCGGUGAGAUACAAGAACGAGCUGAGCGACAUGAGCAGGAUGUGGGGCCACUUGAGCGAGGGCUAUGGACAGCUCUGCAGCAUCUACCUCAAACUGCUUAGAACCAAGAUGGAGUUUCACACCAAGCACGGAAACUACUGGCCGGAUGGGCAGCCCUGGUGCUCCUCGCGCUGUGGCCGGAGCUGUGGUCCUCUGAAACCCUUCCGCAACUCUUGUUUCCCCACGCAGAAUCCCCGCUUCCCCGGCAACCUCCAGAUGUCCGACCGGCAGCUUGACGAGGCCGGGGAGAAUGAUGUCAAUAAUUUUUUCCAGCUGACAGUGGAGAUGUUUGACUACCUGGAGUGUGAGCUGAACCUCUUCCAGACAGUGUUCAGCUCCCUGGACAUGUCGCGCUCGGUGUCGGUGACGGCCGCGGGGCAGUGCCGCCUGGCCCCGCUCAUCCAGGUCAUCCUGGACUGCAGCCACCUCUACGACUACACUGUCAAGCUGCUCUUCAAGCUCCACUCCUGUUUGCCAGCGGAUACACUGCAGGGCCACCGGGAUCGCUUCCUGGAGCAGUUCAGAAAGCUGAAGGACCUUUUCUACCGCUCCAGCAACCUGCAGUACUUCAAGCGGCUGAUUCAGAUCCCGCAGCUGCCAGAGAACCCUCCCAAUUUCCUGCGUGCCUCGGCACUAUCAGAGCACAUCAGCCCCGUGGUGGUCAUCCCUGCCGAGGCGUCCUCACCCGACAGCGAGCCCAUCACAGACCUGGUGGAGAUGGACACAGCAUCGCAGAGCCUGUUUGACAAUAAGUUUGAUGACAUCUUCGGCAGCGCUUUCAGCAGCGACCCCUUCAACUUCAACAGCCAGAACGGGAUGAACAAGGAUGACAAGGACCGGUUAAUCGAGCAGCUUUAUGGGGAGAUCGCAGCCCUGAAGGAGGAGCUGGAGAACUUCAAGGCCGAGAGCGGCCGGGGUGCGGUGCAGCUGCGCGGCCGCGCCAGCGAGCUGGAGGCCGAGCUGGCCGAGCAGCGGCACCUGAAGCAGCAGGCACAGGACGAGAGCGAGUUCCUGCGCACGGAGCUGGAGGAGCUGAAGAAGCAGCGGGAGGACACCGAGAAGGCGCAGAGGAGCCUGACGGAGAUCGAAAGGCGGGCGCAAGCCAAUGAGCAACGGUACAGCAAGCUGAAGGAGAAGUACAGCGAGCUCGUGCAGAACCACGCCGACCUGCUGCGGAAGAACGCGGAGGUGACCAAGCAGGUGACCGUGGCCAGGCAGGCCCAGGGGGACGUGGAGCGGGAGAAGAAGGAGCUGGAGGACUCCUUCCAGCGGGUGAGCGAGCAGGCUCAGAGGAAGUCUCAGGAGCAGGCAGAGGUGCUGGACACGCUGAAGCGGGAGCUGGCAGCCAGCAGACAGGAGCUGCAGGUCCUGCAGGGCACCCUGGAGUCCAGCACACAGGCAGGAGCGGAGCAGAGCACCCGGAUUGCCAGCCUGGAGCAGGAGAGGGACAGCCUGAGCCAGGCAGCGGAGCGGCACGGGGAGGAGAUGGCUGCCCUGCGGGCCGAGCUGCAACAGCUGCGGGACACAUUCAGCCACGAGCAGGAGAGCAGCAAGAUGGAGCUGGAGACGCUGCGGAUCCAGCUGAGAGACAAGGAGAGCAAGGAGCAGGCACUGCAGCGGCGCCUGGCCGAGGAGCAGUUUGCCCUGCUGCAGGGCACCGCGCGGGAGGCGGAGCGGAUGGUGCAGGAUGCCCUCGGUCGCCUGGAGGAUCCUGCUCACAUCGGCUGCACCGGCUCAGCGGAUUGCCUCCUCUCCAGGACGCUGGCAGCCUCUGAGUGCGUGGAGCGGCUGCGGGACGCACACAGCAAAUACCUUUCCGAUCGCGCAGCUGUGGGCUCCCUGCUGCCCUGCCUGGCCCUCUUCGCCCACCUCGUCAGUGACACCCUCCUGCAGGGCAGCGCUACCUCACACGUGGCCCCCAUGGAGCCUGCCGACCGUCUGCUGGAGAUGUGCAAGCAGUGCGGCAGCGAGGCCGUAAGCUACCUCAGUGCCCUGCAAGACCCGGGGACGGUGGAAGGCGCCGACUGCAGCCCGGUGACAACCUGCCUGGGCCGGAUCAGCGCCAUCGGGGAGGAGCUGCGGCCCAGAGGGCUGGACGUCAAGCAGGAGGAGCUGGGUGACCUGGUGGACAAAGAGAUGGCGGCAACGGCAGCAGCCAUUGAAACAGCAGCUGCCCGCAUUGAGGAGAUGCUGAGCAAGGCACGGGCUGGUGACACUGGGGUCAAACUGGAAGUGAAUGAGAGGAUCCUGGGCUCCUGCACGGGCCUCAUGCAGGCCAUCCACGUCCUGGUCCUGGCCUCUAAGGACCUCCAGAGAGAGAUCGUGGAGAGUGGACGGGGUGCGGCGUCCCCCAAGGAGUUUUACGCCAAGAAUUCCCGCUGGACGGAGGGUCUCAUCUCCGCCUCCAAGGCUGUCGGCUGGGGUGCCACUGUCAUGGUCGACGCUGCCGACCUGGUGGUCCAAGGCAAGGGGACGUUCGAGGAGCUGAUGGUCUGUUCCCGGGAGAUUGCAGCCAGCACUGCCCAGCUGGUAGCAGCCUCCAAGGUGAAGGCGGACAAAGACAGCGUCAACCUUUGCAAGCUCCAACAAGCAUCCCGGGGAGUCAACCAGGCCACAGCUGGCGUGGUGGCCUCCACCAAGGCCGGGAAGUCACAGGUGGAAGAGAAAGACAGCAUGGACUUCUCCAGCAUGACGCUCACCCAGAUCAAGCGUCAGGAGAUGGACUCGCAGGUGCGGGUGCUGGAGCUGGAAAACCAGCUGCAGAAGGAGCGGCAGAAGCUGGGGGAGCUGCGCAAGAAGCACUACGAGCUGGCAGGAGUGGCGGAGGGCUGGGAGGAGGAUGCUGCAGAUUAACGCCCGUGGCAGAAGCAGCCCGCAGGGGACACCCCCAUGGUGGGCUGCGACCCAGCUCGAUGCAGCCUUUUGGGUUAAACUGGUGCAAAAGUCACCCCGAAGCACAUGUUUCCUCCGUGUCCCCCCCCCCCCGCCAAGAGCCGCCUCCAGCGCCGCAGCACCGAGAGCUGCCUGGUGAAAGCCCAGGGCCAGGAGCGAGGCCUCACCGGCCUGACGCCA